GAACAAAAUGCUAAUCUAGCUCCGGAAAGAUAACGCGAGCAACGAAAUGUGCUUUCCAUCUUGCCCACCAGCACUACGGCCACCAGUCAACAUUUCGAGGUCGGUUGAGCGAAGCUGGGAUUCUCCAGCUGGUGCUAAUUAGACUCGAACGCGGAGUUCUAGCUGAGAGCGCUACCGUACAAGUGAAAGUCGUGAAGUGUUCCACGCGCGUGUACCAGUGAAGUGUCCUUAAGUGCGACAAAGGCGACCCGGAAAUGCCUGCGAUAUAUUUUGUUGGGGUGGACGUAGGGACGUCGAGCGCCCGCGCCGGCCUCGUAGACUCCAAGGGCAAGGUCUUGGAAAUGCAUACGCGGGAGAUACAAACGUGGAACCCGCAACCUGAUCACUACGAACAAUCCUCCGACAAUAUUUGGGCAGCUGUUUGUGAGUGCGUCAAGCAUGUCGUUCGCAAUAUCGACCCUGAAGAUGUGGCUGGCAUCUCUUUCGAUGCCACAUGUUCCCUUGUCAUCAUAAACAAAGACGGCUUGCCGCUAAGCGUUAGUACCACUGGUCGUGAUGAGCAAAAUGUCAUUCUUUGGAUGGAUCAUCGUGCCGGCCAGGAGGCGGAAACUAUCAACAGUACAAAGCAUGAACUGCUCAAAUUCGUCGGUGGCCAGGUCUCACUCGAAAUGGAAAUUCCAAAGCUGCUAUGGCUUAAAAACAACCUUUACAUAUCCUGCUGGUCAAAUAUUUGGCGAGCUUUCGAUUUACCCGACUUUUUGACGUGGAAGAGUACAAACUGUGAUGUCAGAUCUUUGUGUUCGACUGUAUGCAAGUGGAAUUAUGAUGCAAUCAACAAUCGUUGGUCAGAAAACUAUCUGAAAAGCAUUGGAUUGGAUGAGUUAUGUCGCAAUGACUUUGAGGUCAUCGGAAAGCGGGUCGUGCCACCAGGCACCCCAAUUGGAGCAGGUCUUACAAAGGAAGCAGCUGAGAGUUUGGGACUGGUACCGAAUACGCCUGUUGGAGCUUCAUUGAUUGAUGCUCACGCUGGAACUUUAGGUUUAUUGGGCUGUAAUUCGUCUUCGAGUCACACUUAUGGAAUUCUCGACAAAAUGGCGCUGAUUUGUGGAACGUCUACAUGUCAUAUGAGCUUGACCGAAAAACCAUGUUGGGCAAAUGGCAUUUGGGGUCCUUAUAAAAGUGCAGUCAUUCCAAAUUAUUUUUUAAACGAAGGUGGUCAAAGUUGUACAGGAGCUCUUGUAGACUUCGUUCUUAUGACGCAUCCUUGUUAUGGAGCAAUCAAAGCGAAACUCCGAUGCAAUGAAAAUAUUUAUUCCUACCUAAAUGGAGUGCUUCAAUCCUUGGCAGCAGAGAGGAAAAUCGACGAUUAUUCCACCUUAACAAAGGACGUUCAUGUCUGGCCAGAUUACCAUGGCAAUCGAUCACCUAUUGCAGAUCCAACACUAAAAGGAAUGGUUUCAGGGCUCAAUCUCAAAGCCGAUGAAGAGACGUUAUCGAUCUUGUAUUUGGCAGUCGUACAAGCUUUAGCAUACGGCACGCGUCACAUCAUUGAAAAUUUAUCCUCGCACGGACGCCAGCCUUUUAAAUGCCUACUGAUUUGCGGCGGACUGAGCAAAAAUCCUGUUUAUGUACAAACCCAUGCAGAUGUGUGCAAUAUGGACGUGAUUUUGCCGGAAGAGCAAGAGAAAGUGCUUGUCGGUGCUGCAAUAUUGGGAGCUGCUGCUGCGAAAGUUUAUCCAUCCUUAGAGGCUGCGGUUGAAGAAAUGGGAGGAUCUGGCAAAGUAGUUCCACCAAAGCCCGACGCUGUUAGUUAUCAUCAGAAGAAGUACAAAGUUUUCCUGAAAAUGUUGGAGGAUCAACGGAGCUACAGGAAAUUGAUGGAGUGAUUGAGGAAGGCAGCAAAAUAUUUUUUUUAGUGAUUAGACAAAAGACAAUAAAUAUUUUCGAUUUAUGGUAUAUGAAAUAAA